AUCACUCGUCAUCUCGGAGCUGGACAGAUCAGUCAAGAUUGUUUGUGGCCGCUAGCAGAAGGCGAGUUGGAAGUGUUACUACCAUGGCUGCUGAGAAGCCCUUCGUCAAGAUAGCUGCUGGCGAGUGGAUUCCCUACUCCAAGAUCAUCAUGAAGGAAGACGGAGAAAUCAAGAUUGAAGGACCAAUGGGCCACUUGCUUGAAAUCUUUACCAAGUUGCUUGAUUUUGAGUACCAGCUACUGCCUGCCCCGGGUAACUUGUGGGGUGGACCACUGCCCAAUGGGUCCUGGACGGGCAUGUUGGGUAUGUUGCAACGACAGGAGGUGGAGCUGGCCAUCGCGCCGUUUUUCGUGACAGAUCAGAGAGAGAUGGUGUGUGACUUCUCAGAUCCUGUGUACAUUGACCACCAGUCCAUUCUUAUGGUUAGACCGCAGAUACAGAGUGAUUUAUCUGGCUUUUUCAAACCUUUCACCUCCCAGGUGUGGAUAUUGGUACUGAUGAGUCUUGUGUUGGUCAUUGCGGCGAUGAACAGUGUAGUAAGGUGUGAGGCUAGAAUUUUCCACAUCCAGCACACCUCCACCUGCUCUAAGAUCACUUUGUGGGUCAUCAAGGCUCUCAGCCAAGAGAGCUCUGAGUGGCUGCCCAAGAAGGACGGAGGCCGUCUCAUUGUGACCACGUGGCUCCUGGCCUCCUUAGUGUUCAUGUCCUCCUACAGCGGCAUCCUGACGGCCAUGUUGACGGUGCCUCGGGUCACCAUCCCCAUAGACUCCUUGGAAGAUCUGGUGUCUCAGACUGACUUGCCCUGGCGCUUGGAGGCUGCUUCUAUGAUGUACUCUUUUUUCGAGGAGUCAGAGGAAGAUAUCGGUAGAAAGGUGUUCGCUGAGAAGGUCGGAACCUUCCAGGACUGCUGGGCGGCGCGUCAGAAUAUUGCCAGCGGGGAGUUCGCUGCCAUCUGUGACAGCACCACUAUGAUGAAAGCCAUGUCCUGGGACUUUAGCACGACUGGCAGGUGUCAUCUGUACAUCUCUCGGGAGAAAGCUUACAGCAACGGGAUUCUCUCUAUCGCCUUCAAGACCAAGUCCAGAUACUUGUCUCAGGUGAACAAGAUUCUCGCUCACCUCAAGGAGACAGGCCACCUAGGCAAGUGGCUUGGAGAGCAGAUCACCAAUACGUCCGUCUGUCUCAAGCCUCCUUCAGCAGACAUUGGCGAUGGUAUUUCACCUCUGAAUCUUCAAGCUUUUGCCGGGCCAUUCUUAGUCCUGUUAGUCGGUGUGGGAGUGGCUUUGCUAGCCUUCAUAGGUGAACAUCUCCUCAACAGCUGUUAUAAGGACAGGCUGGACCAGCAUGAGUCAGGCGAGAUGCGUUAAAUGGGAGCAUCACCCCCACCUACCUGACCAUCACCACCACCUAUCUGGCCAUCACCUCACCUGCCUGGUAGUCACCUCCACCUACCUGGAUAUCACCUCCACCUACCUGGUCAUCACCUCCACCUAACUGGCCAUAACUUCAACCUACCUGGCCAUCACCACCACUUACAUGGCCAUCGCAUCCACCAACCUGGAUAUCACCACAACACACCGGCUACAUCAUGUUAUGUACAGCAUAUUUAGUUUGCAUGUCGUUCUUUUGUAUUUCGUUAUUAAGCUGGAAACAUGUAGUUUGUUUUUGAGUGUUAGCUCACAGCCUACGUCCGUGACUAUACCAUAAGUUACACAACAUCAACUACACUACCUCAUUAGGCGGGUGUCGGCCCCUUCCAGGGCUAAA